CAAAAGCAACGUAGACGAGGAAACAGGCCAUCUCAUUCGAGAAAUAGUAUCCCUAUUAAACGCGUUCAAAGUUUGCUACUUUCAAUUUUUCAUAUUUUUCGUUGCAGCAAACUUGUCAGCGUUAAGAUUCGGUUUGCCAAGUGCCUUAAAGAUACGAAGCUUUCCAAAGGGUUUAUAAGCCAGUCAUCAUGUGUGCAAAACGAACCUACUUCGGCUACAUGAGACUAUUAAUGAUGGCAGUGGGUAUUUGGAGGCUACACAAUCAACAAUCUUCUGCAGUUACGAGAGUACUUUAUCAAGUAUAUUCUGUUCUUUUCCAUUUGAUUUAUUCUUCGGCGAUGAUAUCGCUAGGUGUGGAUUUACCGGGGUUAUUAGCAACAGACCGACUCGCAGCAAUGGACAACAUCGGGAAAUUUAUAAUCGGAGGGGUAACGAUUUUGAAAAUGUUUAUGUGCCAGUCAAAUGAUGUGGUGAACUUGCUCCGACUCGCUCUAAACCAAGACGCCGAGAUUUCGACCCACAUUGAUCCCGAAAUUGUAAAAAUAUACAACUGGCAUAUCGUCUGCGAUAACAAGUUUAUAUCGCUACUUGUGAUUUCAGCCACCCUAAUGGGAACUUGUAUCACGAUCCUCGGUGACAUCAAUUGCUUCAUGUUAAAGAGAAUCCCGCAAAAUAACGUGACCGAAAAACCGCUACUUUUGCAUUAUUGGUAUCCUUUUGACCGAAAUAAAUAUUACUCCGCUGUUAUCAUCGAUCAAAAUAUUCGCCCGACUUUGGCCUGCUUAUGUAUCGGCGUGGUGAGCGCGUUUGCCAAUUGCGUCAUAUUUUUUUUGAGGACGCAGCUGAAGGUUCUACAAUACAAUUUCAGAAAUUUCGACAAAUAUGUCGAUAAAGAUGACGUAGAACGGCUUCUAAAAGUGCUUUGCGCCCAACACCAACAAUUAAUAAAGUACUUCGAGAAAUUUAACCAAUCCCUAAAAAACAUAGUUUUUUUGGAAUAUCUGGUUUCAUCGGUUUUAUUUGCAACACUUAUCGUUCAAAUAACUGCGGGAAAUGAGCUCAUUACUAAUAGUAUAAUCUUGCUGUCGACAACAGUACAACUGCUCACAUUUUCUUGGACUUCGAAUGAAAUCAUAGUUCAGAGCUUGGAAUUGGCCAGGGCACUUUUCGAAAGCAAUUGGUACGACCAAACUGAGGCAGCAAAACUCGUUGUACGUAUAAUGAUGAUGAGAUGUCAAAAACCACUCUGCUUACGAGUUGGAAACAUGGGAGUUAUGGAUCUCAACGCGGGCCUUUCGGUGAGUUUAAAAUUGAAAUUGUUAUUGUUAAUUCCUAUUCCUAGAAGUAUGCUAUUUAAAAAUAAACAAUUGUUGAUUGAAUAUUACCAAAGCAUUGGUUUUGUUGUGCAUUUAUAAGCAUAAUUUUCGGAACACGGAAUGAAAUUCUACUAAAUGACUGUGCUUCUAUUUAACGCUGUUUAAAAUGUAAUAUAUAAAUAAAACAUUCUCCAUAACCUUUCUAGCAUUUAACUUUUUUAUGUGGAAUUCACUAAACAUUGCAUUACAUAUCAUUAUAUAUCAUGAUGGAUACCAUUGAAUUUUUCCAAAUCCAGUGGUAUCCAAAUGAUACCGGCUAAUUCUAAAUGUGAUCUGACGAAGUCUGACGGAUGCCAAUGAAAAUAUUAGCGGAGCGAUAACAAAAAUUAUGGCUAAAUUAU